AUGGAGGGUUGUGCUGCUGGAGACGAUGAAAUUGAUAUUACUGUCAUCGAGAACGCGUUCAGGAUUUAUAAUCAAGAGAAAUUACUCCUGGGUUCUUAUCUCUAUUCUUCAUUCUCUAAACCACUUCCGCUUUAUCCUGAGCCGGAUAUAAACAAAAGCCAUUGGGAUCACGUCCGAGAAGAAAUGCGUUGGCUAGCGGGUGAUUACAUACGAGAGAGGAAGUGGAGAGAAGGGAAUUGGACAAACAACUCGGUAAUUCGUACUUUUUUGAAAAGAUUAUUUGUCUUUAUUUCCGGUUCUCAUCUAGACGCACUUCUUUUUCAAACAGAGAAAUAUUCUAGAAUGUUAUCAGGAAAACUGAACGAAUUCAAAGACUCCCGUGGAUCCGAACACCAAAACAAUUUCAAGCAGCUUCAAGUAGGAAAAGAUGACGAAAAUUUUAGCGAUUCUGCAAGUUAUCAUCCCACAGAUUCGGAGACAUCUGAUGAUGAAGAAUACAUGAGAGAGGAAAUGGCAUACGAUCGUAAAAAUGACCUUGACUACAUGGCAGAAGUUCGAGAUCUUCAAUUUGAUGCUCACAUUCCGAUUGAAAAGCUUUUAAGACUUCACAGUGAAAUACAGGUACACUCAAACGUAUGCAAAGAAGAAAAUACAAACUCACUUCUCGCUGAAUUCAUAUCUUCCGGAGACAAGAUUGAUUGCUUUAAUUCGUAUUUUAGUCUUUCUCCUUUCCUUCUAAAACAUUCGUUACGGGAAUACCAGGAAACUGGGCUCAAAUGGUUGGCAAGUUGCUAUGAAAACUCCAUGAAUGGAAUACUAGCUGAUGAGAUGGGUCUUGGCAAAACCAUUCAAACAAUUAGCCUUCUUGCAUAUCUUGCUUGUAAUCGUGGAUCAUGGGGACCUCAUUUAAUUAUCGUUCCGACUUCUGUGAUAUUGAACUGGGAAGUUGAGUUCAAAAAAUGGUGUCCAGCAUUUAAGAUAUUGACUUAUUUCGGAUCACAGAAAGAACGGAAGAUGAAGCGUUGUGGGUGGAGUAAACCAAACAGUUUUCACAUCUGUAUUACAACUUACAGAUUGGUCGUACAAGAUCAAAUUAUAUUUCGCCGAAAAAAAUGGGGCUACAUGAUUUUAGAUGAGGCACAUCUCAUAAAAAAUUGGAGAUCACAACGCUGGCAAACACUUUUACAUUUUAAUAGCAAUCGAAGACUACUUUUGACUGGGACUCCGCUACAGAAUAAUCUUAUGGAAUUAUGGUCACUUAUGCACUUUUUGAUGCCGACUUUAUUCCAAUCACAUUCCGAAUUCAAGAGCUGGUUUUCGAAUCCCCUGAUGGAAAUGGUAGAUGACGGUGAUUUAGUUGAUCAAAAUGUGAUAGCUCGCUUGCAUGAUGUGCUUCGACCAUUUAUUUUGAGGAGAUUGAAGAAAGAUGUGGAAAGAAAUCUUCCAGAGAAAAAGGAACAUGUAAUUAACUGUCAACUUUCAAGACGUCAAAGAAGACUUUAUGAAGAAUAUAUUUCAUCAUCUGAUACAUCUACUAUUCUUAGUUCUGGUAAUCUGCUUGGAGUCAUAAACUGUUUAAUGCAGCUUAGAAAAGUAUGCAAUCAUCCAGAUCUAUUUGCAGGCCGCGCUAUUAUAAGCUCUUUCGAUCUACUUCCUUGUAUUUACCUGAGUGUUCCUGCUUUACUUUGCUCCUUAUUAAAUAGAGAUAGUGCAAGAAUAGAGUACCUUAACAACUUUGAUUGUUUUGGGUAUAUUAGUACAAUAGAACAUUCUCAUUCCAAGGAUCUUAAGAAUGUGACCCAGAGCGAAUGUAUUUCAAAGAGUGAAAAGGAAAAACCGAUGAAAGGUGUUUCUUCGAUGACUAAAUGCGUGUUGGAAAAUAUUGUGAAUAAUGCCUGUCUGGAGGACAGGAAAGGAUUGGAAGUACACUCCCAUGAUGAAUCUUUAAUAUGUCGCGUCAUGAAAAAAUAUCCUCUCAUCUCCAUGCGUGCAUUCUUUUGUGCAAAAAAUGAAGCAAUUGUCUGUCAUGAUACUGCCAAUUUGAUUUCCUCCAUCCACAAACGAGCUGUAUGGAUUGAAGAAAAUUUUUGUCACUUUUUUUGUGUUAUCCCGCAUGUUCGGGCAUCAACACCCAAAGUCUUUACUGGAUCAAACUGUGGAUUUUUUAGCCAAUCUUUGCGAAACAGAUAUCUUUGUGAUGUCUUGUCCUAUUUUGCGGGAAAAUUUCGAUAUAUUGUGGUGCGACAGCAACUAUUCUUCCAUGAUAAACGAUUGAUACAAUAUGACUGUGGUAAAUUGCAGAAACUUGCGCACCUGUUGAGAGCGCUCCGGAUUGGCGGACAUAAAGUUCUAAUUUUUACACAGAUGACAAAGAUGCUAGAUAUUUUAGAAUCAUUCCUGAAUUUAUAUGGAUAUUCAUACUGUAGACUUGACGGAAGUACGAAACCAGAGCAACGUCAACUUCUUGUUCAAAGGUUUAACACGGACGCAAGACUUUUUGUGUUUAUUUUAUCCACACGAUCCGGAGGCUUCGGCAUCAAUCUUACGGGGGCGGACACUGUAAUAUUCUACGAUACUGAUUGGAAUCCUGCUAUAGAUAGUCAAGCUCAGGAUAGAUGCCAUAGAAUAGGACAAAAAAGAGAGGUGAACAUAUAUCGUCUCAUUUGUGAAGGAACCGUAGAGGAGAACAUAAUGAAAAAGGCAAUGCGAAAACGUGAACUUGAUCGUGUUGCAAUACAAUCAGCAAUGUUUGAUAAUUUCAAUGGCAAAAAAGGUAUGAGAUUUUUAAUCAAUAUAUAUUUUCGAAUCUAUAUAAAAGCUUUUAUAGAGUCCGUGGUAGCGAGAGAAAAUACAGGGUUAUCUGAGGUUAGAUUAGGAGUUAAAGCGAACGAGUCUUUUCUUGAGUACAAUAAUGAUGGCUUUCCUGGUAAAUAUAUUAGUGAAGACAACACUAAGGAUGACACACAGUUGGCACAAUUAAAAUCAGCAGAGGAAGAUAAAAUGGAUGAAACAGAUAUUCACGACGAAGUUCAGCUUUGUGUAAGGGAUUGGGUUGAAGAGGAAGCUCUCACUAUCUACAAACAACAUUGA